CGGCGCGCGAGAACGUUGUUGUAUACGAUUUUGUGUUAUUCUGCAUACAAGUAUUGACCGGACGAGACCACAAAACAAAGUAAAAGAAACCACAUACGAAAUUUUGGAAAAAAUUUUUUUAAUGUUAAAUAAUUUUAUUGAAUGUCUGUGAUAAUUAUUAAGAAAUAUUCUAAUUUACAACAAAAUGUUAGUGGACGGUUGUCAAACACCAAUUGUGGGGAAUUGUCGGACACCAUCAAUUCUCGAUUCGCCAACUUUAGCCAGAGUCGAACGUGCUCGACUUAGGAAUGAAAGUGGUAUGAGAAAUUCAUCGGCCUCGAAUUAUAUUUAUGCUCAGUUACAGAUGCCUUUAACGGACAGUCUGAAUUCAUCGAACGACGGUGGUGGUUUUCAUGCAAUUAAAAGAGGCCUGCUAUGGCAACAACGGGAUCGAUUAUUUUCACGAUGGAAAGAACGAUAUUUUGUAUUAACACGAGAUUAUUUACAUUGUUUUAAACGAGCUACAAAUCGAACAAUAUCUUCAGAUAUGGGGCAUUUUAUUUUUAAGAUCAAAUUAUUGGAUGUUGAACGAAUUGAAUGGCAUAAUAAGAAAACCUACAGCACAGUUACCUUAGAUUUAGGAUCAAAUUCAGGUGGUGGUCGUAUAUUGUUACGUGCUGCGCCACAAGCCACCAUAACAAAUAAUCCAUCGGCUGCUAUUGGUGACGGACUCGAAGACUGGUUUGAAUUGUUAGAAGAAUGUACAAUAAAUAGUAAAGAACGUCGAAAAACAUUAAUUAAUCAACAUCGACAUUCACGUGAUAACAAUAAUAUGAACUCAAUACAAAGUACAUUAUUAGAUGAAUGGUUAUUGGCUAGAAAACAUGAAAAUGGUCUCUCAUCCGUACAUUGUGAUUCUGUACCGGACUUAGAAGAGGCACUGGCAAUUAAAAAACGAGACAAAAGAUGGGUACCACCUGAUGAUGAUGAUGAUGACUGGAACUCUACAACCCAUUCCAAUAGACUAUCAUUAUUAACAGACAUCGAUAUAAAUGCUGGUUGUGAUAGUGGUGCAAGUGGUGGUGAUACAACUCCACCAUCAAUUUCAUCCACAAGUCGAGAUCAACCACCCCAUGGUUAUAGACUGAAUUCAAAUGUGUUCUUCCUUGCUGCAAAUCAUUCAGAUAAUGCAUAUUCUGAUGCUUUUAUUCGUGGCAUUACUCAAGGCCGUAGUUCUUUUAAUUCACCAACAAAAUCUAAUGGUAGUGGCACACCAAUUAAUACAAAUGGGCGUCGAACUCAAGAGCCGGUUAUACAGCAUCAGAUGAUCAGAUACCGAGAACGAUCUCAUAGUGAUAUUCAACGCAUUGAUCGACGUCCAUGGCGUAUGCGUGAUGAUCAACAAAAACGUAACAGCCACCUAUUAGAUGCUGCUCAAAGUUAAACGGCAAUCAUCAUGAGAAAACAUCAACACGAAUUUAAAAAAAGAAACUAAAGCACCCAUACAAUCACUAAACUCAAGUAUUUUCGUUACACAAUCAAAGAAAAAUAGAUAUUUACUCAAUGAAAAAUAUGUAUUUUAUCUGUUUCUAUGAAUUAAUUUUAGCGGAAAAAAAUUUUAAUGAAAAAUUAGUUAAAAAAAUGACUGAGAAAAGAAAAUGAGCUUACAAAGAAUAGAAAAUUAAAAUUAUGUAUGCAGUAAGUAGGAUAUUUGUUGUAGGAAAAAUUUGUCACAAUAAGUAUAUUAGUCCCGAUUUGUUUUUGAAUAGGUCAGGCUUAAACUGUAAAAGAUGAUUGAGAAAGAUAUUUUACAAAAUUAAUAAACUUUUUAUUUAUUUAAUAAAAAGAGCUUGUCGUUGUUACUUGUAAAAUAUCUUUAAAUAAAAAACCCACAGUCUAAAGCAGGCCUUUUGUAGUGCAAUAAUUAAAUUUCGAUUCAAAUCUAUUCAAAAAAUAAUUAAAAUACAUAUGUGAAUAUUUCCAAAAUUCCCUUAUAAUUCUUGAAGUAUAACUCCUUUAGCGAUAAAAUAAAAAUAAGAACAUGUUAAAAACUUUUAGAUAAAAACUCGUUAAUUUGGUUAUAUUAAUUCAACCACUGUGACCCCUUCUACGCGGAUUUGCUUAAUAAAAUCUUUUUAUUUAAAAAUCAGCACUCUUCUGAAAAAGGAAAUACGAUCAUCUGUUAAAAAAAAUUUCA